AUGGAAUUUAGCAUCAAAAGUCCUCUUUCUGUUCAGAAAGUUGUAAAGUACAUAAAGAUGAAGCAGGCACCAGAAAUCCUUGGCAAUACAAAUGGAAAGACUCAGAACUGUGAAGUGAAUCGUGAAUGUUCUGUAUUCCUCAGCAAAGCCCACCUCUCUACCAGUCUGCAGGAGGGGGUCAUGCAAAAAUUUAAUGGCCAUGAUGCCCUUCCCUUUAUUCCAUCUGAGAAGCUGAAAGACCUAACUUCCCGUGUAUUUAAUGGAGAACCUGGUGCUCAUGAUGCCAAAUUACGUUUUGAGUCCCAGGAAGGGAAAGGACUUGGGACACCGCCUAACACCACCCCUAUCAAAAAUGGCUCUCCGGAAAUUAAGCUGAAGAUCACCAAAACAUACAUGAAUGGGAAACCUCUCUUUGAAUCUUCAAUUUGUGGUGACGGUGCUGCUGCUGUGUCCCAGUCAGAAGAAAAUGGACAAAAACCAGAAAAUAAGGCAAGAAGGAGCAGGAAGAGAAGCAUAAAAUAUGACUCCUUACUGGAGCAGGGUCUUGUUGAAGCAGCACUGGUGUCCAAGAUCUCAAGUCCCUCAGAUAAAAAGAUUACAGCUAAGAAAGAGUCCUGUCCAAAUACUGGCAGAGACAAAGACCACCUGUUGAAAUAUAAUGUCGGUGAUUUGGUGUGGUCCAAAGUGUCCGGUUACCCUUGGUGGCCAUGCAUGGUUUCUGCUGAUCCACUCCUUCACAACUAUACCAAACUUAAAGGUCAGAAAAAGAGUGCACGCCAGUAUCACGUACAGUUCUUUGGUGAUGCCCCAGAAAGAGCUUGGAUAUUUGAGAAGAGCCUUGUAGCUUUUGAAGGAGAAGGACAGUUUGAAAAAUUAUGCCAGGAAAGUGCCAAGCAGGCACCCACGAAAGCUGAGAAGAUUAAGCUGUUGAAACCUAUUUCAGGGAAAUUGAGGGCCCAGUGGGAAAUGGGCAUCGUUCAAGCAGAAGAAGCUGCAAGCAUGUCGGUAGAGGAGCGGAGAGCUAAGUUCACUUUCCUCUAUGUGGGGGACCAGCUUCAUCUCAACCCUCACGUAGCUAAGGAGGCAAGCAUUGCUGUGGAGUCUCCGGGACAAAUGGUAGAAUCCUCAGGAGUCAUUGAAGAAGCUGCUGAUAACCCCAAGUCCAUGAGAGAAGAGGGCAUUCCCAUCAAGAGAAGGCGGAGAGCCAAGCUGUCUAGUUCUGCCGAAAACCAAGAAAGUGACCCUGGGACGGUAAAGAGUACUCCUCAGAAGAUGGCAGAAGCCGAUCCCAAGAGAGGAGUAGGGUCUCCUCCUGGAAGGAAGAAGACCACGGCCUCUGCUCCACGAAGCAGGAAGGGAGAUGCGGCGUCCCAGUUUUUGGUUUUCUGUCAGAAGCACAGGGAUGAGGUUGUUGCCGAGCACCCAGACGCCUCAGGUGAGGAGAUUGAAGAGCUGCUUGGAUCCCAGUGGGACAUGCUCAACGAGAAACAGAAAGCGCGCUAUAACACAAAGUUUGCCCUAGUGGCCUCUUCCCAGUCUGAAGAAGACUCUGGUAAUGUAAAUGGGAAAAAAAGAAACCACACGAAGAGGACACAGGACCCUACUGAAGACGCUGAAGUUGAAGAUGGACCCAGGAAAAGACUCAGGACCGACAAGCACGGUCUUCGGAAGAGAGAGACGAUCAAUGACAAGACAGCCCGAACAAGCUCUUGCAAGGCCAUUGAGGCAGCCUCCUCGCUGAAGAGCCAGGCAGCAACGAAACAUCUGUCAGAUGCAUGCAAACCACUGAAGAAGCGAAAUCGGGCGUCCACAGCAGCGUCUUCCACUCCUUUUAGCAAAAGUUCGUCUCCUUCUGCAUCCUUAACUGAGAAUGAGGUGUCAGACGGCCCGGGAGACGAGCCCUUGGAAUCCCCGGACGAGAGCGCAGAUGAAACUCAGACCGAAGUGUCCGUCUCAUCGAAGAAGUCUGAGCGAGGAGUAACCGCCAAAAAGGAGUACGUGUGUCAGCUGUGUGAGAAGACAGGCAGCCUCGUGCUCUGUGAAGGCCCCUGCUGCGGAGCUUUCCACCUUGCUUGCCUCGGGCUCUCCCAGCGGCCAGAAGGGAGGUUCACUUGCAGCGAAUGCGCUUCAGGGAUUCACUCAUGUUUUGUGUGUAAGGAGAGCAAGACAGAUGUGAAGCGCUGUGUCGUGUCGCAGUGUGGGAAGUUUUACCACGAAGCUUGCGUGAGGAAGUACCCUCUGACCGUGUUUGAGAGCCGAGGCUUCCGCUGCCCCCUCCACAGCUGCGUGAGCUGCCACGCUUCCAACCCGUCCAACCCGAGGCCAUCGAAAGGUAAAAUGAUGCGGUGUGUCCGCUGCCCGGUCGCCUAUCAUGGAGGGGAUGCUUGUCUGGCAGCCGGCUGCUCGGUGAUCGCUUCCAACAGCAUAAUCUGCACGGGCCAUUUCACUGCUCGCAAGGGGAAGAGGCACCACGCUCACGUCAACGUGAGCUGGUGUUUUGUGUGCUCCAAAGGGGGAAGCCUCCUGUGCUGCGAGUCCUGCCCGGCCGCCUUCCACCCUGACUGCCUGAACAUCGACAUGCCCGACGGCAGCUGGUUCUGCAACGACUGCCGGGCCGGCAAGAAGCUGCAUUUCCAGGACAUCAUCUGGGUGAAGCUCGGGAACUACAGAUGGUGGCCGGCAGAAGUUUGCCAUCCCAAAAAUGUCCCCCCAAAUAUUCAGAAACUGAAGCACGAGAUUGGAGAAUUCCCUGUGUUUUUCUUUGGGUCUAAAGAUUAUUACUGGACGCAUCAGGCGCGAGUGUUCCCGUACAUGGAGGGGGACCGGGGCAGCCGCUACCAGGGGGUCAGAGGGAUCGGAAGAGUCUUCAAAAACGCACUGCAGGAAGCUGAAGCUCGUUUUCGUGAAAUCAAACUUCAAAGGGAAGCCAGAGAAUCGCAGGAGAAUGAGCGCAAGCCCCCGCCAUACAAGCACAUCAAGGUGAAUAAACCUUACGGGAAAGUCCAGAUCUACACAGCUGAUAUCUCUGAAAUCCCGAAGUGCAACUGUAAGCCCACAGAUGAGAAUCCCUGUGGCUUUGAUUCGGAGUGUUUGAACAGGAUGCUGAUGUUCGAGUGCCACCCGCAGGUGUGUCCUGCAGGCGAGUACUGCCAGAACCAGUGUUUCACCAAGCGCCAGUACCCCGAGACCAAGAUCAUCAAGACAGACGGCAAAGGAUGGGGCCUGGUCGCCAUGCGGGACAUCAGGAAGGGAGAAUUUGUGAACGAGUAUGUUGGCGAGCUGAUUGACGAGGAGGAGUGCAUGGCGAGAAUCAAAUAUGCACACGAGAACGACAUCACCCACUUCUACAUGCUCACCAUAGACAAGGACCGUAUAAUUGAUGCUGGCCCCAAAGGAAACUAUUCCCGAUUUAUGAACCACAGCUGCCAGCCCAACUGUGAGACCCUCAAGUGGACAGUGAACGGUGACACUCGCGUGGGCCUGUUUGCAGUGUGUGACAUUCCGGCAGGGACAGAGCUGACCUUCAACUACAACCUCGAUUGUUUGGGUAACGAGAAAACAGUCUGUCGGUGUGGGGCCUCCAACUGCAGCGGGUUCCUCGGGGACAGACCAAAGACCUCAACAUCCCUUUCUUCAGAGGAAAAGGGCAAAAAGACCAAGAAACGAACCAGGAGGCGGAGAACCAGAGGUGAAGGGAAGAAGGAGUCCGAGGACGAGUGUUUCCGCUGUGGGGAUGGCGGCCAGCUGGUGCUGUGUGACCGCAAGUCCUGUACCAAGGCCUACCACCUGUCGUGCCUGGGCCUGGGCAAGCGGCCCUUCGGGAAGUGGGAAUGUCCUUGGCAUCAUUGUGACGUGUGUGGCAAGCCUUCCACUUUGUUUUGCCACUUUUGCCCCAAUUCGUUUUGCAAGGAACACCAGGACGGGACAGCCUUCAGCUCCACCCAGGACGGGCGGUCCUACUGCUGCGAGCACGACUUGGGGGCAGAGUCGGCUCGAAGCGCCAAGACUGAGAAACCCUUUCUGGAGCCCACCAAGUCCAAGGGGAAGAGGAAGAGAAGAAGGUGCUGGCGGAGAGUCAUGGAAGGCAAAUAGCGCCAGGCAGCGGCUUGGCCAGAUCCAAGGGUAGAGGGCCACGCGGGGGACUGGCCCGGAGGACCCAGCCGUGUAGGCCUCCUGGGGGGGGAGCGCCUGUCCACCACUGAGCCAUCCUCAGCAGCGCCCGCUGCGUCUGCACUGACGACCCGUCUGGGCCGCGAGGUUCGGAAGGUUCCCGGACACACAAGCCUUAGUACACAGCAUUACAGCUACACUUGAAUUUCUGAGAAUGUCAAGGUCCCCUCCCACUCUAUUUUUGUAGGUUAAAGUUAUAAUUGAAAAUUAAUUGGCAUAUGAAAUGUUUCUAUCUCACCCGAAAUGUAGAGAGUAGUAUUUUUCUAAAGGAUCACUAUUAUCUCUUUAAUCUUAACAAUGUUACUUGGCCUGCUUACCUGUCUUCAUCACUCAGGAGAGACCAGGGUGGGGCCUGGACAAGGACUCAGACCCUGGAUUCCCUGGAAACCAUGAUUUUGAUCAUUAUUUUGCUCUUAUGAAACAGCUGUAUGAUUUUUUUUUUCGUACUAAUGUGAAAUUUUUCCUCAAAACGCUUCUUUUCCAUCCUAGUGAGAAGCCGGCCCCAGGAGCGGUGGUAGUGGUAGCGUUGUUGUAAGAUGCCCCCGUAGUUUGUUCUGACGUGGAUCUGGACUGAGUGGCGCCGCGGCGUCGGCCUCCCAAGGGUGGGGUCUGCGCGGCCCAGCCCCUCCCGAGCGGGCUGGGGCUGGCGCUUCGCACCUGCCUGCCUCCUGAACGCACUCGGUUCUUGCCAACAUUUGGGGGAAGACUUUGUAUAUUUUUUUCAUUUGGCUUUUCUCUACCAGUUUCUGGCUUUUAUUCUCAAUAUAUUUUUGCUAAACUUGUUUCACAAAUUACCACCGACUGAAAUGUGUAUUUACUGAUGCGGCCCCGAGUUGUCCCAGCGAAAGGAGCGGAACUCAGUAGUGAGUUUGUGUCAAGAGAGGAGUUCGUGACAAUGGCUCUGUAGAAGCUGUGUUGUGCCCUGUGGUGACAGUUGGGUGCAGGGCAGGUGCUUGCCACCCUGGGGACCCAGAGCACGUGGGAGACGUGCAUUUCCAAAAAAUGUUCCCUCAGGGUCUGAGGAGAGACCCGGAGUUUAGAACUGUCCCAUCUAGUUACUGCCACUGAGUCACCCGUGUGGGUCUGUUCGUGGAAAACGUGCUCAGCCGGGAUGCCGCGGAGAAGCGCUCGCGCCGGGGCUCCGGGCCUGUGCCGUGGGCGUGGCAGCGGGCGGGCGCCCGGCCUGGGUUUCCCCGGGAGAUGGCCUAACUAACUUUCCCUUAUUAGAAGGCCCAGCCCCACAAAGUGAGAAGCUGCUGGGAAUAUGAAGUUGUCUUCUCUCUCUCGAAGUUCCUCUUGACUGUGGGGAGUCCGGAGCGCCCCGAGGGCAGGGGUCCUGUCAGACCACCCGCGUGCCCUCCGUGGGGCCUGCAGUCUCCGUGCUCGCAAUGGGAGGGAAGGGGAUACUCAGCGGCAGAUGCUGUCUUCUGCUCUUUCUUCUUAAGAUAACCUAAGGAGGACAUGUAUCCUGCAGAGACGUAUACACAGCCCUUCUUGAAAACUGCUCCUGAGGUCUCCUGCUCCUUGCACAAUUGCAGGAUGUCCUUGGACCCAGAGCCCUGGUCACGGCUUCUCCGUGGUUCUGUGACGUGAGCUCUUGGGGGCGGUGGUCUCUGCCAGGUUCUGACCACAGGGAAGAAUCUGCUCCUGGUGUGAGGCUCCCUAGUGUCUGCAGGCCCGCGCCUCCCCCAGCACUAAGAGCAGAGUUUUACCGACUGUGGCGGUCCCUUUGGUGCCUCUCCUACCGCCGUCCUGGAGAAAGGAGCCAUACACGGCGACCCAGGAGAUACGGGACCUUGGUCAUCAGUUGACUCUUCCAUGUGGCUCAGGUGACCUCCGGAAAUGCACUUG